GAGUUGGAAUAGACGAACCAUCCGUUUUAGCAGUUAAGAACGUAGAAACUCAAACGUCCCACCAGUGGUUUCUCCCCGUUAUCCUGUUGCGCGUGCAGACUAUUUUGACUGACAAACUGGCAGCAAAGACUCAACGGGUUAGUUUGGUUUCCGAGCAGGUAGAGGAAUAAACACCAUGGUGGAAGUGGAGUGCAGGUCUGAGCAGGUGAGGGCGUGAUCCCGCCACAAUCGGUCGACAACGAGGCCGACAGCUGGACUAAUCGAUACUGCCAGUGGAAAAGAAGAAUGGCCCGAAAUGUAAACUUUGACUUGAACCAUCCUCUUAUGGAAGCUGGACUAGAGAGUCCAGUGGAUGAGGAAGGUGUUCAUGACUCUUUCAACCAGCUGAUAGCAGAACAGAGUCAGAAUGGAGGAAUAUCUGAUGCCUAUGAGCUGCAGCAGCUGCAGAGAGAACUGGACGAGGAGGGCCGAGAUGAUGUGGCCUACCUGUCCAGCCCUGUACGUGAGUUUAGGGGCCGGAAUAAAGGGCGACGGGAUGUGGAGUGGGAGGAAGAUGAAAGACAAACAGACCCCCUAAUAGCUGAACGCUGGUCUUCGGCCACCUUGAGGAUCCUGUCCUCCAUGCCCAGUCGCACUAUCGGCCGCAGCAGGGGAGCCAUCAUCUCUCAGUACUACAACAGGACUAUGCAGCUUCGCAGGCGCAGGCAGAGCAGACCAUCCAUCAAAGACUUUUCCCGCUCUGCCAGACCGAGCAUACGAGGCUAUGGCAUGGAGGCAGAUGAGGCAGAUGGAGAAGACACAGAGGUGAGUAAAAGGGAACGUUUGGUGAACAACCUGCAGAACCUGUCAGUGACCGACAGAAUCAGGAUGCUCCGUGCAAUGCCUCUCAGUGUGGCUGAGAAGAAUGAACUCAGAAGGUUAGCAUUACAAAAGGAAAAACAAACACUUUCUGGCAGCAAGCUUCCCUGUUGCAGUCGACUCAAAUAUUACAUCAUCAUUGCUGUGAGACAGAGUUGGUACAGCUGGUUGUCCUUCCUGCACUCCCUCCAGCUGUGGCAAAUGCCACUCAAGAGAGUGAGCGGCCGUUUUGGCACUGGAGUUCUCUCAUACUUCAUUUUCCUCAAGACCCUUCUCUACUUCAAUCUCUUUCUGUUCCUGGUCACGGGUGCCUUCUUGGUGCUGCCUCAGGCCGUUCACCCUCCAAUGCUGCCCGCAGAGAGACGUCCUUUCUCUGGACUAGAGCUCCUCACUGGAGCGGGCUGUUUCUCAGACUCAGUGAUGUACUAUGGAUACUACUCUAAUGACACACUGCAUAAGAGCUGCAAGGAUGAUGGUGCAGUGCAGAAUGACUCUGUGUCCAAUUCAACCGGACACGACUGUGUGUCAAAGCGCCUCUCUUAUAAAAUGUCACUGGCAUACUUCUUUACCAUUGGAAUGGCCUUCUUUAUCACGUGUAUCAUCCUUGUGUACAGUAUGUCAAAGUCGUUCGGUCAGAGCUUCAGAAUUGACAAAUCCCAUAGCAUCUUGGCCAUGAAAGCCUUCUGCUCCUGGGACUUCAAGGUCAUCAAAAAAACUUCCGUUAAACUUAUGUCAGAAAAUAUCUGCACACAGCUCAAGGAACUGCUGGCAGAGGUGAAUCAUAAACGUGUCAAGAACACAGUGGGCCAGAAGUUGUGCCGACUGAUGGUUCACGGCCUGGCAUGGACAAUCUGCAUAGUAAGCACCGCUGCCUGUGUGACUGGCAUUUACUUCUUCUCGGACUACAUGCACCAGAACCUGCAGCAAAGUUCUCGUAGUGUCAACCAGGACCCCUUGUUGAAUGAGGCCAGCCUGCUGGCUCUACCUGUGCUGGUGUCCCUCAUCAACCUGCUGCUGCCUGGCCUCUUCAACCUUGCGGCCUGGAUGGAGGACUAUGAGUCACCUUCUGUACGCACAUAUGUGGCCAUCAGCCGAAACUUGAUGUUGAAAGUGAGCGUGCUUGGAGUCCUGUGCUACCACUGGCUGGGUCGGGUGGCUGCUGACCCUAACAGUAUUGGGCUCAAGUGCUGGGAGAGUUUUGUUGGUCAGGAGCUUUAUCGCUUCCUGCUCAUGGACUUCAUCUUCACCCUACUGGACACCUUGUUUGGAGAGUUUCUUUGGGGGUUGUUUUCUGAGAAGGUGCUGAGGAGAAGGAGGAAACCAGCGUUUGAUAUUGCCAGGAAUGUCCUAGAGCUCAUCUAUGGACAAACAUUAGCCUGGUUGGGCGUUCUCUUCACUCCUCUUCUCCCUGCAGUGCAGAUUCUCAAACUGCUGCUCCUCUUCUACAUUAAAAUGAGCAGUGUGAUGAUGAACUGUCAGGCCCCCAGGAAGCCGUACAGAGUCAGCCAGAUGACCACCAUCUUCAUCACCCUCCUCUGCUUCCCCUCCUUCCUUGGCGCCUCAGUGUGUGUCACUUACACAAUGUGGAGUAUCAAGCCAUCUGUAUCAUGUGGUCCGUUCCGUGGGCUCCAAACGAUGUUCCAGGCAGGAAAACUAUGGGUGCAAGAAAUGGAAAAACAUGAUCCCAAGCUGUCCGUAGUGGCCAGAGCUCACUCCUACCUGGUGGAACACCCUCUUUUCCUGUUUGUGGGAGCAGGAAUAUUUCUGAUAGUCAUCUACUUCUACAGUCAGGUCGUGGAUGGUCAAAGAAAGAUCAUCAGUUUACUGCAGGAGCAGAUAGAAAAUGAGGGAGAGGAUAAAAAGUUCCUGAUCACUAAGCUCCAGUCCAUCCAUGAGCAGAAACGAACGCCUGCUCGAAGACUCACAAGUCAGGAUUCUACGUGUUAAAACACUGCAAUCUCCAGAAGACAAGCUUAUUCAAUUCUCUGAGAUUUGAGGUCAGGAGUAUUGCUAAACCAGACGGUAUAUAACUGGAAUAUUAACAUGGAAAGACAACAAAUCAAGUGUAUUAUGCAUUGGUAGAAAGUUUUGCCUGAUUUUAAUGGCUGGAGUAUUUGUAGAUAGAAGGAACAGGGUACGGUUAUAAGAUAAAAUACCUGAACUGGAACUUUUAAAGUCAGAGUAAAGUCGGUGUUACUUGUGAGGCCAUCAGCUCUGUAUAACUAUUGACUACUCAUAAGAAUUGAGGAAAUGCAGAAUUACGCAGGUGGCACAGGAGAGGAAGAUAACCGAGUUUUAAAAAGCUAACUAAGCAACGAGAAGGCAAGUCUGUAUGCAUUACAACCAGCAGUGUAACUGAGAUAUAGCUCUUCUCAGGUAGAAGCACUUUUAUACCAACUGUGAACAGUAUUUUAUUCAUAGGUGAACUUUGGGUGGUGUGGGUGUGAGCAUGUUGAUACUGUAAAUGAUUCCUGUUUUUAAUGCUUGUUUUUUCUGAGUUGUUCUUUUAGGGUGAUGACUGCUGUCUCUGUACUUUUUUAAAGUAAAUUAUGUUUUAUCAUAA